AUGAACCUCGUGGUAGUUGUUAGGAAAGGGUACAGCCAAGCAAAAAUUGAAAUUCAAAAAAUCUCUAUUUUGAGGUCAUUCAUUCAUCGGCAUAAUCCAUCACCAUCAUCAUCAUCAUCAUCAUCAUCAUCAUCACAUCUAAACAGGCCCCAUCCCUGUCGCGCCUCAAGCCUCAGUAGUAGCAAGCAGGCUGGCCUUACACUUUACCUCUUUCUUGGUAUUCUUCCGAACACAACUGAUCAGCACAAAACACCCUUAGCGGCGGACCACACCGCCCACACCCGAUUACCGGAAGCGUACCUGAGCGAUGCCAACGCGAGCGCCCCCAUCGCCCAAAGUGGUAAUGCUCCCGGCCGUAGUACAUAUCCAGCUUAG